AUGAUCGUCUGCUGCUUUUUCAAUGCCAAUCUCAGCACAUUUCUGACCAAGCGACCACAGGAUGGCAUCAUUAGCAACUUUAAAGAAUUGAAGGAGUCGCGACUUCCAGUGACUUUUGACGCCGAAUUUCGAGAGGUUGUGCUGCAAUUCUUUAAAGGCAGUGAUUUGAACUUUUCUGAAUCUCAAUUUGUCUUUGUGCCUAUCAAGAAACGGUUCAGUAUGAUGUUGGACCAAGACACAGGCUAUGCCUAUCACGUAUUUGAUAAAUUUUGGGAAGCUAUCAAAAAAUAUCAACACAAUUACAAGGGCAUUGCUUUAUGUCAAACUCCGGGUCUCAAUAUUUUUGGUGCUUCAUCGAAUCAUGCAGUUUUGCCACCGAAUUCUGUUUAUGUUGAGGCAAUGAAUGAUUUCAUUCAGUGGAUACAUGAUCUGGGCUUUAGCAAACAUUGGAUAAGAGAUUCCAUUAACAAACUGUUUACUUAUACGGAUGGAAAACGAGAAUAUCCCAAUCCAACUCCUUUAAAUGUUGAUGAUCUCAUUUGGGUUUGGUAUCUGCUUGGAUUUUGCUACAUAGCUUCAAUUAUCGCAUUCAUCGGCGAGCUUUGUGUGAAGUGUUGGAAAAAGAAACGUCAGCCACGACUUCCCUUUGUGGUCUAA